UACAUCACUGGUGAUAUUCUAGGGAAGGGCGGAUGUGGGUCAGUCUACUCUGGACUGAGGAAGUCAGAUGGAACUCAGCCUGCUGAGAAACAAGCCUUACCUCUGGAGGUGGCACUGAUGCACCUGGUCAGCCAGCCUCCCAGCAGCCCCUAUGUCCUCCAGCUGCUGGACUGGUACGAGGAGCCAGAGAACUUCAUCCUGGUCUUGGAGCGGCCCUACCCUUGCAUGGACCUGUUCGACUUCAUAGACGAGUUGGGGGGCCGACUGGACGAGUGCCUGGCGCGUGUGGUCAUGCUGCAGGUGGCGCAUGCGGUGUUGCACUGCUGCGAGCGAGGCGUCCUGCAUCGAGACAUAAAGUUGGAGAAUCUGCUGGUGCAAACGGACAGUCUCCGUGUCAAGCUGAUUGACUUUGGCUGUGGAGACCUGCUGAGAGAUACCAUGUACCGGGACUUUGCUGGCACUGAUGAGUACUGUCCCCCCGAGUGGCUCCUGGAUGGCAGGUACAGUGGCAGACCUGCCACCAUCUGGUCUCUUGGCAUCCUGCUCUUCAGCAUGGUCUGUGGAGACUUGCCCUUUAACAAACGGUCAGAGAUAAUUGCUGGUCAGCUAAAAUUCAAAAAAGGACUUUCUGAAGAAUGUAAACAUCUAAUUGGGUGGUGCCUCCACCCAGACCCCACCAGGAGACCAGUUCUGCAGCAGGUUCUUCUGCAUGAGUGGAUGAUGGGAUGGCAGACACCUUUACAAUAACUCCAACCAGAUGAAUGCCCAGAAACACCAGGCAUGAGAUAUUAGUCACUGCACAGAAGUUUUACAGAAGGCACUUUUUCAAUCUAAUGCUACAGGACAAUAUAAUAAAAUAAAGUUGGAAAGACAAA